GCUUAACUUAAGCACAGGUGACAUGACCCGUCGUUUAAGAAUAAGCUAAACCGUGGAUCUGAUGAAUUUAAUGAUUGAAGACAACCAAGAAACAUUGUGCGAAGGUGAUGAGAAACGUUGUACAGCGGAAUUCGAUUUUCCUAUUUCAGGGAUCCAUUCUUGUUACGGCAUAUCAGAGAUGGCUUCCGGAACUGCUCAGAGAGGCAAGCUUCCAUCAAUAUGGAUACUCCCACCAAAAUCCAAACACCCAACUCAACUUCAAACUUCAACCCCACUUGAAAAAUUCAAAAAAGACUGUAAAUCAAGCACAAAAAUCGACACCAAUGAAGCAUUGACCUCUUUUAAUAACAUGCUCCAAAUGAAACCCUUGCCUCCCGACUCAUCGUUUAACAAAUUGAUAGGCGCUGUUGCUAAAACCAAGAAUUAUCAAGAUGCGAUUUUUAUGCACCGUAGGAUGGUUGAAGCUGAUAUAUUACCUAAUUAUAUUACGCUGAAUGUUUUGCUUAACUCUUUAUGUAACUGUAAUAGGGUUUCUCUUGGUUUUGCUGUUAUGGGUGGGAUUUUGAAGAGGGGAUAUAGUCCUGAUAUUAUUACUUUUACUUCAUUGAUUAAUGGGUUGUUCAUGGAAGGUAAGAUUAAUGAUGCAAUUGAGUUGUUCAAGAAAAUAAUUGGGAUGGGUUUUCAACCGAGUAUCAGGACUUGGGGGACUCUGAUUAAGGGCUUAUGUAGGAGUGGAAAUGCAGAGGCGGCGCUUAGCUUGCAUAAACAAGUGGGGAACGGGAAAGGAGGAAGGUCUUAUAUAAGAUUUAAGCCUAAUUUGUUUUGUUAUAACAUGCUUAUUGACGGGCUUUGUAAAGAGGGGUUGGUGGACAAGGGUAAACAAUUAUUUUUGGAGAUGAAGGGCAGGGGAAUUAUGCCGAAUUUGGUUACAUAUGGUGGCUUAAUCCAUGGUUUGUGUCAGGAUGGUGAGUGGGAGGAGGCAAAGCUGUUCUUCACUGAAAUGGUGGAUCAAGGCAUUCGUCCUAACGUAGUAAUAUUUAAUAUCUUGAUACAAUAUCUUUGUAACGAGGGGAAAAUUGACGAAGCGAUUGGGUUGUUUAACUUGAUGAUUCAAAGGGGUGAAAAGCCAGAUUGUUUUACAUUUAAUAUAUUGAUGAAUGGGCUCUGCUUAGAGGGUAGGAUUGAUGAUGCAAGGGAGUUAUUUGUUUUGAUAGAGACUAAAGGCCAUAAGGGAGAUGUUGUAAGCUACAAUGUGUUAAUUAAUGGGUAUUGCAAGUGUCAAAAAUUGGAAGAGGCCAUGAGGCUUUUCAAAGAAAUGGUGCGCAAAGAAUACAAGCCAGAUGUAAUUACAUUCAACACCUUGUUGAUUGGUCUAUUUCAAAUAGGUCAUGUUAAGGAUGCACGGGUACUUUUUGCAAAGAUGAAAGUCCAUGAAGUAAUUCCAGGUUCUGGUACUUAUAAUAUAUUAUUGUAUGGAUUUUUCAAAAAUAAUUGCCUCACAGAGGCAAUGGAGCUGUUUCACACUAUGGAAAUAUCUGGCCUUAAUCUUGACAUUGACACCUAUAAUUAUGUCCUUCAUGGAUUGUGUAAAGCAGGAAAUCUUGAUUUGGCCAACGAGCUAUUUGGGAAGUUGUCUCAAAAGGGCUUGAAACCAACAAAUUUUACAUAUAACAUCAUGAUCCAUGGCUUUUCUAAAUAUGGAAAUAUGGAAGAGGCAAACCAUCUGUUUAUGAAGAUGGAAAAGAUAGGUUGUGCACCCUCCGUGGUCAAUUUUAACACGCUUAUACAAGGAUUUUGUAAUCUUGGUGAGGCAUCAGAAGUGGUUGAACUUCUAGUUAAAAUGAAAGAGAGAAAUAUCUCCCCAAAUGAAGACACGGUAUCUUUAGUUCUAGAUAUUUUGUCCAAAGAUUCAAAUUAUUCGAAAUAUCUAAGCUUGAUUCCAAAUUUUUCUGCCUAAGGCUCUAUUGAAGAUGUAAUGCAGAGGAAUAGGCAACUCCCUUAGAUUCUCAUGGUUGACAAUGCUUGCAAUUUAUGAUAAUGCAUGCAAUAUGUGAGCAUGUGAAUCUAUUCUUAUGAUGCUCUCUUUAACUUUUGAGCUGCAAUGCCUGUAAAAUCUUCUUCAUUCCACUCCUUCACCGAGUAUUUUGAAGACAUAAGUCUUUAGGAAUAAUAUUCAUUGAAAUAAGUUCAUGUGAACUUUGAUACUAUGAGAUAAAGCCAUGGCGGACUGUUUUCCAGUUCACAUUGCUAAAUAUGAAGCUGUUUGUUAAUUUCUAACUCAUGAGAUUGAAACGAUAAGGAAAUUCCGAGAGAUGCAGAAGGUAUUGGGGGUAAUAUGCUCUAUCUUCAUCCAUAUCUUGACUUGUGAAUUAGUGCAUUAAAAAUUUCUAUCAUUGUAGUGAGACUAAAUAAUUAACAGGGUUUUAUAUUAAGACCUGCGAGUUAUCUCCUGGAAGGUGCAACAACUUCUUUCCUUGCAAUUAUUCUCCGAGGAAGACAUUUUAGGAGAUGGAUCCAAACCCUGAUAUAGUUUUUGACACUUGUGUUUUUCUAUCAUGAUAGUGGUAAUGCAGGAUUAAAUCCCAAGUCUGAGUAUUGCUGAAUUUAAUGAGAUCGAGGAACUGGGAGGUGUGAUGAUAGGUAACAAACACAUGGCAAAGUUGUUUGACCUGUACAAAAUGUUUAUGAAACCUUGCUGAUUAUGCUAAAUUCAGAUGGCAAAUAAGCAUUCUGGUAUGUUUCUUGUCCUCUCAAGGUUGUUGGGUUCUCUGAUUAUAAUGUUAAGUCAUGGCUUCUAACCCAAAACCACAUGGAAUAGGUUGGAUUAGGUUAAUCUGAUUAGCCCCACUUAACAUGUAAUGCUCAUCUUAACUUUGCAUCUGAAAUAAAUUUAGGAUGAAAGCAUGCUUUUUGCAUCCCACCCUUUCUCAAAUGUGAACUCUCAUCGAGGGCUGAAUACCCAUAAUUUUCAGACAUGACUGAUGCUGACAGAAAAAUACAGAGUGAAGGUGAGCCCAAGUACAAGUCCAAACCAAUCCUUGAUAUCAUGCAUAGGGAGAGGGGAGCAUUUUAUUUAUUUAUAUCCUCAACACCAACUAUAAUAUUCAUCUUCACAGCUCGAUUUUUGUACCUGACAGUUGAGAUUAUGUUUUUAUUGUACCAAUGCAGUUAUUAGUGCUCCUUUUGUACUCUUUUAUUGUUUUCUUUAUUAUUAUUAUUAUUAUUAUUAUUAUUAUUGCAAUGGCAAAGUGUAUAGAACUGUUUUUACAAAAUUGUGCGCUACUGUGAUCAUUAAGUGCCAAAAAUAAUACCUUGAAACUACACUUGGUGUUGCUGAUGGGGAGCCUCGACUUGUAUUCUUAGUCAAUAAUUGAACUGAUCUUUGAGACUAAAUUUCUUACUGUUCUUUUUAGUUGAUUUUGAAGACUAAAUUUUCUUACUGUUCAAUUCUACAUGUGGGUGAUGAGGGAGGCCCGGUGAAGGAUUGAUCCCCCAAAAAUGCUCUGCCUUAUUAUCAAAAAGGGAGUUGGGCAAAGCAAACUCCCUCCAUAAUCUAUGAGAUGCUGGAAUUUUUGAUUGCAGAAUUUAUGGACCUGUAGUGCAAAAAUAUGUCUCCGUUACCUAAGUGAAUAUAGUUCACAUAUGUUUAUAGCUAGAAAGUUGGUAUUGUUAUUGAAGAUAGACCUUGUACGCAUAACUCGUAUAUAAAAAAUCCUUAACAAAGACCAAGAGACUUGUCGGAAUAACAGCAGGUUAGUUUUUAGGAAUUACUAUCUAAUGAGUAACACUGCUGCUUCUUUAUCUCAAUUAUAGAUGCUUCUAUCUUUCAUUGGCCUUAUUUUGCAUUUUGCAACUAGUGGAAUAUUGCUUUUUGUCGACUCUGUAUUUGAAGUCAUUGUGAACCUAAUUUCCUCAUAAUUUAUGCAGGCGUGUUCUGGUCUUGUAAACCUGACCCUGGAUACUGUUGAAGGCAAAGUAGCGGAGGUUUUGUUUGUACCAAAAAACCAAAUGUGCCAAGUCUGGGAUUGAGCUCCAUGUGAUGGUAUUUUCCUUGUGAAUUUUAAGGUGAUUGUGACUAUUUGCUUUUGAGGGUAAUUAUUAAUGUAAUGAUAUUGAUAAGCCACUAAUGUCGACCUUAAUGAAAGUUAAUAUAGGCAAUUAUUGGCUAUAUCAAGUAGUAAUAGCCUUAGGAUUUAUAGGGCAUCCUAGAAAAAGCAAGAAAGGUUCAACAUUUUGGCUCAUUGCUCUUUUUACCAAGGAAAAUGCCCACUUGUACACUCAUUUCUUGACAUUGGCAGUGUUUGCAAGUGUUGAUUGGGUGAAAAAAUUGUGUAAAAUGUAAACUAUCCUACCUCGUGGCAAAAUGUAAAUGACGAUGUACAUGUAGCAUGAUUGUUUUACCAAAGUUUAAUGAUUGAUCAUUCCUUUACUCA